AUGGCGGCUGUGGGCAAGUUCGUGUUUGUCAACUAUACGGGCGAACCAGAUGUCGAAGCCAAGCAAUCUUUGCCAACCGUAAGACAGCAUGUUAUGCAUGACUUUUUCCGGCGCCAAAGGGAGGCAGAUAACGGCCUUCCUCCAGAAGAAGUUGCUGCGCCAGAAGUUUCAGCUGCAAAGACCAAGAAUUCCCGGCGGCGAGAUACCAACACUCGUCAGGCUGCGUCUCAGCCGUGCCCCAAGCGCUCAUCCGUAAAAAGACCAUCACGAGCUCGCAAGGAUCCUCAACUACAUCGCCAGUCAUCUGCCUCAUCCACCGAAUUGGUAUUUCUUCAAGAGUUCCCAGAAGCCAAAUCAAUAUCAUCUAGCCGCACCCCAUCUCUUGACGAUACUGCCGAUUCGUCCCCAAUUGGUUUCACCGACUCGAUUAGCUAUACCGAUUCAUCAUCGCCUUUGUUUUCAGUCACACACUCUCAUCCUUCUCCGGACGUGUUUGAGGAGGCCUCACCACAAUCCACUUCCCUUGUUCAGAUCAACUCGCGAGCGUCACCUGUGUUUUUCCAGUCUGACGAGUCUGCCCUGCUUCAAGCACCAAACCCUUUUCUGCACAGUCCUGCUGUUCACCGUUGGGAUCCGUUCAAUACACUNCCCUUGAACGGCCUUGCUGUAGAUCAACUGGCAACUUGGCACUUUCACCGUCCCAUCAAUCGCAACAACAUCUGGGAGAGCAAAGUUCUCUGGCUUGACAAAGUCGACAGCCAUUUCAGAAGGGGUCUGUGGAGCAUUGCACUUACAAGCACACCGCUAUUUCAUGUUCUAUUGUGCAUUGCGGAGAUGAAGCGCAGUGUCCUUACUGGAGAUCGAAACCAAAUCAGCUACUUUGAGCACAAGAUUGCUGCCAUGCGUGCAGUUUCUCAGGGUGUUUCGAGACUGUCAAGUCUUCCCCAAUUCACAGGGAUGAAUGGCAUGUCUUUGCCGUGCUUGACGGAAACAUCAACAGACACAUUCGUCAUGUUGGUGGCUAUUCAAGUCAACUUGGCCCUCGGCGACAAGGAGUACGAUGCCGCAAAGACACAUAUGCGAUGUGUCACUGAUCUGGUCACCAAAGCUGGUGGUCUUCAGUCUUUUGGCUACACACAAUGGCGCCACACGAUCUGGAACGACUUGAAGCUAGCAUCUGCGCUUUUGGAAAGACCAAUGCUUGAAUAUGGCUUGCGCCUGGAAUCAACGAACGCCACAUUCCCUCCCGAAGUGAAUACUGAAGCUCACCGUCUCUCAUUGGAAACCGUACGCAUGAUCCCAACAUCAGGAACUCUAACAUCUGAGUUGGCAUAUGAUCUAUUCAACCGUCUCCAUCAACUCUGUCUAUCUUUCGACACCACAUUAAGCGAAGAAGCACAUUUCUUGGCUGUCGAGAAUGCCUUCUACACUAUCGUGUACCAGUUGUGCAACUCGAUUGCAGACAGCCAGUCACAUAACGAAUGCAGCGAUACAGAUAUGUUGAUCUUGGGUGCCCAACUCAGCACUUGGACGUGUAUGCCCUCGUUGGUCAACAUGCGCGCACUCUUCAACACAGUCAUCAACACCAUCCAGUCGAAACUAGUCUACCGUCUCUGGAACGGUCUCAAGCCGGAUCUCAUCCUACAAUGGGAGUCGACCGCAAAGCUCGACUCACUUCUGUGGGUUCUGUUCCAAGCCUCAUCUGCAGCAAUCAGUGUUUGCUCGACAGGAGAAACAUGGAUGCCGACCUACAUGCUGGAGUCUUUCUUGACGACCACUAGACAGGUCACCAUGAGAUUGCAGAUUCACAGUUUGGCACACUUCGAGAAGACACUGAGAAGUUUCCCUUACAGUGAAAACGUGUUUGGUGACGAUUGCAGGAUGUUGUGGACACAGAUGGGGCUUGAUGAUGCUGGCGUCAUCGAUGGUAUGGUUUCUCCAGGUUCCAUGAUCAUUGAGCAAAUGUGA